GAGCAAUGCUGUUUUGAACCUGCGACACACGCAUCUCCGUAGAGCACAUUUUGAUCGCAUGCACGGCAUUGCAUCACGAACGAAGACACAUCACUAACUAUCUUGCGGUACAACACCUUAAAAACGACCUCCCGACGCUUCUCGGGGACGACACAACAUUGACAAACCUGGUACUUGAUUUCGUCCUAACAUCACCCUACUCAGAGCUACUUUAACGGCCUUGACUGUUAGCAGGCGCCCGUUUCGCUACCACCAGGCUGACUUGUGAUACGGGAUGGGUCGGGUUUUUCGCUGGUGCCGAAACACAGAGCUUCGGUGGCAGACGGGUUUUCUCCUGCCGCUGGAGCAGGCUUAGAGGCUCAGCGGCCCAGCGAGCUACACCAGCGGACCCCGGCCGCUGAACAGCGGCGGCGGCCGGGUUGAACGACCACAGACAACCGUCGGCCGCCAACUGCAGCAGCGACAGAUUCCCCAUCCUCCAAACCAUUCCUUUCAUCGUGACGCUUAAACAUUCACAAACCCCAUCCCUCCCAGCGACAUAUCCCCCACUCUUCAAACCAUUCCUGUCAUCAAACUCUCGUAACCUUACCAUUCACAAACUUCCCCCUUCCCUCCCUUCACAAACAUCAAUUUACCGGUAUUGCAGUGACUACGGCCUGGUCGCAAGCAUCGAUGUGCGGUCAUUCCAUGAGCAAGCCACGUGCAGGUGGAAGGACUUUGACGUCUGGUAUCAAGUCUGCGCGUUAUAGCCCAGCAAGCAAGCAAGCAAGGUUUUAAGGCAUGGAAUCUGAGCAGGAGAAAAUGUCUGAGGGAAGCAGCUCAAAAGCUGUAAGCAAUCACCAUGAAGAUAUCGAUGUGCUGUCUCAGGCCACUCUGAAGGAAAUCAGUAGCGUCACCAAGCUGUCCAACGAGAUUCCUUGCGAUGAGACAUUUGCACUGUACUCCAGUUUUCCGGCUUUCAAGAGGAUCAUGGACAUGGAGGGAAAGAAGUGCACUGAAUUAAUUGGAAAGGUGUUUAAAAAGUACAACGUCGGUGGGGCAUUCUUCGACCGGGACUUGGAUGAGGCGUUUGACAUGGUUGUUGAGGCCAACGACCAACUUCUAGAGAAGAUUAACAGUGAUCUGGACGAGGCCGCCGGCAUCAAGCGGAAGUUGGAGGCAGUGGUGCAGACGGUCAGCGCGACUGCGGACCGAGAGCUCAGCGGCCGCUGGAACGUCUCCACCAACAGGACUCUGGCGGCGCCCGGCGCCACCACCAUCCGCCUGACGACGGCCACCAACAUCGAGCGGCCGCAGCUCAGCUUCCGCCGCAAGGUGGACAACUCGCCGGCGCCCUUCGAGCCCAUCAUCAGCGACAAGCCGCACGCGCUGCGGCCGCUGGCCAUACUGCUGGAGCUGGACGACGAGGGGCGCGAGAGGUUCUCGCACCCCUACGAGUUCGAGCUGGAGCGGUUCGCGCCGGCCGACUGGGCGCUGGAGCCGGCCGCCGAGCCGCUGCUGCCGGCGCCGGCCGAGCAGACGCCCGUGACACUGGUGGACACUGCGGACGGCCUGCGCCGGCUGGUGGCAGAGCUCGGCCGGUGCCGCGAGCUGGCCGUCGACCUGGAGCACCACAGCUACCGGAGCUACCUGGGCCUGACGUGUCUGAUGCAGCUCUCCACCCGCGACCGCGACUACAUCGUCGACCCGCUGCAGCUGCGCGACCAGCUGCAGCCCCUUAACGAGGUGUUUGCCAACCCCAACAUUGUCAAGGUUUUUCACGGCGCGGACUCUGACGUCGAGUGGCUGCAGCGCGACGCCGGCCUGUACGUGGUCAACAUGUUCGACACCCACCAGGCCAGCAAAGUGCUGGCACUGCCGCGGCUCUCGCUGGCAUACCUGCUGCAGCACUUUUGUAACGUGACCGCCGAUAAGCGGCUUCAGCUGGCUGACUGGCGCAUAAGGCCCCUGCCAGAGGACAUGAUCCGCUACGCCCAGACCGACACACACUAUCUGCUCUACAUAUACGACCGCCUGCGCAAUCUCCUGCUGCAGAAGGGUAACGAGCAGAAGAACCUGCUACGCAGCGUCUAUACCAGCAGCACACUGAUCUGUCUGAAGCGGUACAGUAAGCCGAUUCUGCGGCCUGACAGCCACUUGGACCUGUACCGACGCAGCAAGAAGUCGUUCGACAGCAGACAGCUAGCUGCCCUGAAGCAGCUGUUCAAAUGGCGCGACGAAUUGGCGCGCCUGGAAGACGAGAGCACCCAGUACGUGUUGCCCAGCCACAUGCUGCUGCAGAUGGCCGAGCUGCUGCCGCGCGAGAUGCAGGGCGUGCUGGCUUGCUGCAGCCCGGUGCCGCCGCUGGUGCGCGCCCACCUGGCGGCCGUGCACCAGCUGGUGCUGGCCGCGCGCCGCCUGCACACGGGCACCGAGCCGCGGCCGCAGCCCGCCAUCGCCGUGCAGGCGCCGUCCCGGUCGUGUGGCGCCGAGCGCAGCAGUGACCGGCACAGCCCGCACGACACAAGCCACCUGACUGACGGCGACAGCGCCAACGUGCCUGUACUGCUCUCACCAGCGGCUGCGGCCGGCGGCGGCCAGUCGACAGCGGCGCUGCCUCUCUGCGCUGGCGCGCGGGCGGCCACCAAGCGCCGGCCCCAGCUGGACGUCCGACCUGCAGAGGCGGCCAGACCAUCAGCUGUCGGCUCCACCUGGAUCAGCCCGUAUCGGCGCUACCUGAUGAUGGCCGCUCCUGUGGGCGACGACAAGGUAGCGCGCCGCAUGGACGAGCUGACGGAACAGACACCGACCCGUCGGCCGCCGCCGACCAGCCACCGGCCGUCACCGCCGCCGUCGCCGGAGGCCGUGCUGCCCCAACAGGGGCCAGAGGACGUCAACAAGGUGACGGUUGAGGCUGAAGAGGAGCCAGAGCCACCGGCACCGAAGAACCUCCGCCUGUCGCGCAAGGACCUUGUCCGUGAGCAGAAAAAGGCUGGCACCUACAGGAAGGCGCACAAGCGGAAGAGGGGCGGGGGCAGUGCGGAGGGCGGCGCGGGGGGUGGUCCCGCCAGCCAGGCCGGCGCGCCAGCUGUUCCGGCGUUCGACUACUCGGGUGUCGACUACACCAAGUUCGGCCGACGCGAGGACGCCGGCCGUCCGGCCAGUGGCCAGCGCGGUGCCAGCGCCGCCGGGCGCAAGAAGAAGCCGUGGCAGACGGAGUCUGGUCGCCGACAGACGUUCGGACGCGGUCGGCGCUGACCGAUGCCGCUUUUUCUGAUCCACAUAGUGCGCUCGGUUGUGUGACAGGAGGGUGGUCUCAUCGGAUGCUUCCAUGAUCCCGAAAUCACAUGUUUCAAGCGUUGUUCGUUGUGUCGCUGCGACUCAGCUGAACCCUGUAGGGCAGCUGAAGGUCUCGGGUGGGAGUCGACCAGUGUAUUGUUUUUAUUGUUGGGGAAGGAGCGUUGUCUCAGAUGCUCAUACAACAGCGCCGACUGAAUUAAAAGUCGAUAACGCCAAUAAAAAGUAUCGAUGUGUGCCUGUGGCCUCAUUUUUCAACCUUAGAUGAAUGAGUUCUUUUUUCUUUU